UCAAGCCAGUUUGAGUGAAAGUGAAAAUCCAUUUCGUGACAAGAGGACUGUAAAUGUAGUGACAUUUAGUGACAAGAGGACUUUCAGGAGAAAAACACAGUAUAAGACAUAACCUCCAAAAUGAGCGUCUCUGGGGAACAGGACACAAAGAAAGACGAGAGUUUGAUUCAGGGUAAGAAUUCAGACUCACCUGAACCCAGCUGCGUGUCCAUGAGGAGUGAAGAGUCCAUUGACCCACCACCAGUGUUCAGUGACAGAAAUUCUACUACUAAAUCUAGUCUGAUUCAGGGUAAGAGAUCAGACUCACCUCAACCCAGCAGUGUGUCCAUGAGGAGUGAAGAGUCAAUAGAUCCACCACCAGUGUUCAGAGACAGAGACAGGUCUACUGAUCUGGGAUCACAAAACAGGACAAAGAAAUCAAAAAGAAUCUGCACAGAUGAGUUGGAGACUGUAUUCACGGAUCUGGAGCACAAAGUCAUCACUCUGAUAAAGAAUGAGCUGAAGAGAUUUAAGAAGAUCCUGAGUCCAGAUUACCCAGCAUGCACUGAGAGGGAGGUGGAGGAUGAGGAGGAUCAGAGCAGUGUCAGAGAGGGAGCGCUGAAGAUCACACUGCACGUCCUGAAGAACAUGAACCACACAGAUCUCGCUAACACACUGCAGAACAAACUCACCUCCGGUAAUCAAAAACUCAAAUCCAAUCUAAGCAAGAAAUAUAAAAGAAUUAAUGAAGGAAUCUCACAGCAUGAAACCUCAGCACUUCUGAAUGAGAUCUACACAGAACUCUACAUCACAGAGUGUUGGAAUGGACACGUGAAUAAUGAACAUGAGGUGAGACAGAUUGAGACAGCGUCCAGGAGACCAGCAACACAGGAGACACCCAUCAAAUGUAAUGACCUCUUUAAAGACAAGUCCAUCAGAAGUGUGCUGACUAAAGGAGUUGCUGGAAUUGGAAAAACAGUCUCUGUGCAGAAGUUCAUUCUGGACUGGGCUGAAGGAAAAGCAAAUCAGGACAUCACCUUCAUGUUUCCACUUCCCUUUAGGGAGCUGAAUUUGAUGAAGCAGAAAAAUCUCAGUCUGAUGAAUCUUCUUCAUCACUUUUUCCCAGAAAUAAAAGAAUUACAAUUAAUAGACUGUAAUGUUCACAAAGUGAUAUUCAUCUUUGAUGGUCUGGAUGAGUGUCAACUUCCUCUAAAUUUCCAGAACAAUGAGAGACUGUGUGAUGUGACAGAAUCAGCUUCAGUGGAUGUGCUGCUGACAAACCUCAUCAAGGGGAAUCUGCUUCCCUCUGCUCUCCUCUGGAUAACCUCUCGACCAGGAGCAGCCAAUCAGAUCCCUCCUGAGUGUGUAAACCAGGUAACAGAGAUACGAGGGUUCAGUGAUCAUCAGAAAGAGGAGUACUUCAGGAAGAGGAUCAGUGAUCAGAGCCUGGCCAAUAAAAUCAUCACACACAUGAAGUCUUCAAGAAGCCUCUACAUCAUGUGCCACAUCCCGGUCUUCUGCUGGAUUUCAGCCACUGUUCUAGAGAGAAUGUUGGGUGGAGCAGAGAGUGGAAAGAUCCCCAAGACUCUGACUCAAAUGUUCACACACUUCCUGAUCUUUCAGAUCAAACACAAGGACCAAAAGUACCAUCAGACAUGUGACCCUGAUCCACGGAAGACCAGAAAGAGUAUCCUGGCACUGGGAAAACUGGCUUUCCAACAGCUGGAGAAAGGAAACCUGAUCUUCUAUGAGGAAGACCUGAGAGAGUGUGGCAUUGAUGUCAGAGAAGUGUCAGUGUACUCAGGAGUGUGUACCCAGAUCUUCAGAGAGGAGUUUGGGCUUCACCUGGGGAAUGUGUUCAGCUUUGUACAUCUGAGUGUUCAGGAGUUUCUGGCUGCUUUAUACGCAUUUCUCUCCUUCAUCAACAAAAAUGUACAAGAACAACAAACCACUGAUCUGUCUGAUCUUUUGAACAAGUCAAACAUGUCUGAUUUCCUGAGGAGUGCAGUGGACAAGGCCUUACAGAGUGAGAAUGGACACCUGGACCUGUUCCUCCGCUUCCUUCUGGGUCUCUCACUGGAGUCCAAUCAGACUCUCUUACGAGGCUUAAUGAUCCAGACAGGAAGCAGCUCUCACAGCAAACAGGAAACAGUCGAGUACAUCAAGAAGAAGAUCAGGGAGAAUCCAUCUCCAGAGAAAUCCAUCAAUCUGUUCCACUGUCUGAAUGAACUGAAUGAUCAUUCUCUAGUGCAGGAAGUCCAGCAUUACCUGAAAAGAGGAGGUUACUGGUGUCUCAGUGAAGACAGUCUCUCUCCUGCUCAGUGGUCAGCUCUGGUGUUUGUGUUGCUGAACUCAGAAGAGAAUCUGGAUGAGUUUGAUUUGAGGAAAUAUCAGAUAUCAGAGGAGUGUCUUCUGAGGAUGAUGCCAGUCAUAAAGACAUCAAGAAAAGCAAAACUGAGUCAGUGUAAUCUGACAGAGGAAAGCUGUAGAGCUCUGUCCUCAGUUCUCAGCUCAACCCGCUCCAGUGUGAGAGAACUGGACCUGAGUUGCAAUUAUGUCCUAAAGGAUUCAGGAGUGAAGCUGCUCUCUGCUGGACUACAGAAUCCACACUGUACACUGGAGAUACUGAAUCUGCGUGAGUGUUUACUCACAGAGGAAAGCUGUAGAGUUCUGUCCUCAGUUCUCAGCUCAAACUCCUCCAGUCUUAGAGAACUGGACCUGAGUUACAAUAACCUGCAGGAUUCAGGAGUGAAGCUGCUCUCUGCUGGACUGGAGAAUCCACACUGUACACUGGAGAAACUGAGGUUGGUAGGCUGCAGUAUUACAGGUGAAGGGUUUGCUGCUCUGGUUUCAGCUCUGAGGUCAAACACCUCAUCACACCUGAGAGAACUGCAUGUGUACUGGAAUGAUCCAGGAGAAUUAGGAGUGAAGCUGCUCUAUGAUCUAUUGAAGGAUCCACACUGUAAACUGGAGAAAAUACAGUUGGAGCAGUUUUUCAGUCUCACACGUGGAAAAUUAUGAGGAUAAAUAUAAUGCAGUGCAAAGUGUUUUAAAGAACAGCUGCGAGAGCUGGAACUCUGAUGUCUUACUUUUCUCCUUUACUGAUAAAGAUUUAGCUUUUAUAAUGUUUUAUUCUGGUUUAUCAGAUGGUAUACAAAAUGUACUGUAUUACUCUGGGAAAAAACUGUAUUACUUUUCUAAAUGUUUGUAAAUAUGAACCAGCUGAGAUGAAUAAAGUAAACCUGCAUAUGAAUUGACAUAAAACUGAACAAACUGAACAGUAAUUAAUCUUUUCCUAUUAAAACCUUUUUAACAGAAACCACUAUUGUACAUAUAAUGUUAUUUAAUAAAACAGUUCUGAAUGCAUGUUAUUUUUCCAUUUACAUGUAGCACAAAAUAACAUCUGCAAUUAAAACACACUGUAUAAGUUCAAUAUUAAUGGGAGCAGUAAUUUGUCCAGAGUACAGAUCCAUAUUUCCUACUGAUGCUAAUACAGAUCUAUAAUUUGGUUAGUGUUGUACAUAAUUAUGCUUAAAUUAUUUGCAUAUUAAUGUAUAAUCAUAAUCAAUAAUUAACAAUAAAACUUUUGUCCAGUAAUCAA